AUGGAAACCCCGGCGUCUUCUCUACUUCAAAUCCUCAUAAAUAAUCAGAACAAGACUUGGGUUGGGUCUUGAUUGGGUUGGGGUAAUCACUCAUAAUCAUAGACUUAGCUCCGCUGCGCCAUUAGCAGGGUCGGGGAGGCACUUUUUCACUCUCUCUCUCUCUCUUCUUCUCUUGCUCUCAGGAGGGGAGCGACAAUGGCCUCUUCAGUAGUCUCUCUUUCUUUCGGAAGCUAAUGAGUUAGUUUAGUCAAGGGAAGACCAACCCCUCUUGAGAUUUCUCCUUCCCAUCCCAAGGACAUACUCGGUCAAUCUUAAUUCCGUUACUGCUCUGCUCUGGGGAGAAAAGAAAGAUCUGGUCUUUUUCUUCUUCUUUCUCUUCUCUGCUUUCCGAGGGGAAGGGAAGAUAUGGAGGAAGAGAAGAAGAACAAGGAAGAGGCUCCCAGGCUACUGGUUCAGAGCCUGAUAGAUACGGUAGACGAGAUCGCUUCCAUCUCUGAUUACAGAUGCUCGGUGAAGAAGCAGUACUGCAAUCUAGCUCGGAGGUUGAAGCUCUUGACCCCAAUGUUCGAAGAAAUUCAAGACAGCGAAGAGGCGAUCCCCGACGAGACCCUGGAUUCUCUGGCGUCUCUCAAGGUUGCUCUCGAUUCAGCCAAGGAAUUGCUCAGAUUCGGGAGCCAAGGCAGCAAAAUUUACCUGGCCUUGGAGAGAGAGGACAUAGUCGUUAAGUAUCAUGAGUUGACAUUUCAGUUGGAAGAAGCUCUUAGUGGAAUCUUUUUGGAAAAACUUGACAUAUCAGAUGAAGUUAAAGAACAGGUUGAGCUCGUCCUUUUCCAGUUCAGGAGAGCCAAAGGGAAAUUCGAAUUCCCUGAUACGGGCCUCUAUUUCGAUCUCUUUAAGCUUCAUGGCGAAACUACUGAUGCGUCAGAAGAUCCUGCUCUUCUACGGAGAUUGUCUGAGAAGCUACAACUAACCGGGAUAGAUGAGCUUACUCAAGAGUCACUUGCUUUGCAUGAGAUGGUUUCUGCUACAGGUGGAGACCCCGAGGAGAAAAUAGAGAAGAUGUGGAUGCUACUAAAAAAGAUUAAGAAUUUUGUUCAGACUGAGAAUCCCAACUUGGAUGCUCCUGGGGGAAAAGGUGCUCCUCAAAGUAGCAGUGGACAAGCUUCUACCGAUGAGAAUCAUAAAGUUCUUGUGAUACCAGAUGAUUUCCGCUGUCCUAUAUCUCUAGAAUUGAUGAAAGAUCCUGUCAUUGUAUCAACAGGGCAGACCUAUGAACGAUCCUGCAUUGAGAAAUGGCUGGAAACACAUGGAACAUGCCCAAAGACGCAGCAAUCUCUUGCUGGUACCACACUCACCCCCAACUAUGUCCUACGCAGCCUCAUUGCCCAGUGGUGCGAAGCAAAUGGAGUCGAACCACCAAAACGACCAAGCAGUUCGCGAACCAGUAAACUGGCAUCUUCCUUCUCCCCUGCCGAACGUACAAAGAUCGAAAUACUCCUCCAAAAGCUGACGUCUGGAACUCCUGAGGAUCAGCGUUCUGCUGCAGGCGAAGUCCGCCUUCUGGCCAAGCGUAAUGCCGACAACCGUGUGGCUAUUGCUGAAGCCGGUGCAAUUCCUCUCCUAGUUGGCCUCCUCUCAGUGCCCGACUCUCGCACCCAAGAACAUGCCGUGACAGCUCUGCUUAACCUCUCCAUAUGCGAGGACAACAAAGGUAGCAUCAUAUCGGCAGGAGCUGUUCCCGGUAUAGUAAAUGUGCUGAAAAAGGGCAGCAUGGAAGCCCGGGAGAAUGCUGCUGCUACCCUUUUCAGCCUUUCGGUCGUCGAUGAAAAUAAGGUCAUAAUUGGUGCUUCUGGAGCUAUUCCCCAACUGGUGAUGCUUCUGAGUGAAGGCACCCAGAGAGGGAAAAAAGAUGCUGCAACUGCACUGUUCAACUUGUGCAUUUAUCAGGGGAACAAGGGGAAAGCAGUGAGGGCUGGGGUGGUCCCCACGUUGAUGCACUUGCUUACAGAGCCAGGUGGUGGGAUGGUUGAUGAAGCUCUGGCCAUACUAGCAAUAUUGGCUAGCCACCCUGAUGGUAAGGGAGCCAUUGGUGCUGCAAAGGCUGUACCUGUUUUGGUUGAAGUUAUUGGAAGUGGAUCUCCAAGGAACAGAGAAAAUUCAGCUGCCGUUUUGGUGCAUCUUUGUUCUGGAGAUCAGAAAUACAUGAUUGAGGCACGAGAGCUCGGAGUGAUGGCACCACUUUUGGAUUUGGCACACAAUGGGACAGAACGAGGAAAGCGAAAGGCUCAGCAGCUGCUUGACCGUAUCAGUAGGUUCAUUGAACAGCAGAAGCUGGCCAAAGGCCAAUCGGAUGCUCACCAUCAACUGAAUGGGCCAUCAGCUGCUAUCACGAAUCCUGAAGAUAGCUGAUGAAAAGUUUUGAUCGUCUCUCUGUGCCUUGAUUUUGUGGUUUCGGUUAAAUAUAAAUAUAAAUAGAUACACUCAAAGGCCGACUUCUUCGAAUUUUGAGAGGGAAAGGUGGAAGGUUACCCGAUCCCGCCCAUCUGUAACAGCUAUUUAUUUUUGAAGGCGAGGAUUGAAAGCUGCAAACUUGCAAGACAAAAGGGUGCAUAAGCCGGUAAGAGUCGAGUCUAUGCAAGGGCAGGAAACAGAAAGGUGGGGGAGAGUACGGAGAUGGGACUUUACCUAUAAAUGUGUUUAACGUGCUGCACCAUUGUUGUAACAUGUAAUCAUCUUCUCUACUUAUUUUUUCAUUGAAGAGAUGUGUUUCUGUUUUUGGGUGUAUUUUCGUGGCCGAAGACCCAUGUAAAAUAUCAUCUUUACGCUGUAUAUCUGCUGCUGCAAGUGCACAAACAGUGGAAUCAGCGACCUUGUUAACUGUCUGAUUCGUCAUUGAAUUUGUCCAUAAGUGUUUCUGCUGCAAAUUGCAAUGGCCAAUGCUGAUGUUGUCUGAUUAA